AUGGAUGCUCUUAUUCCUAUUCUCAAUAAACUUCAAGACGCAUUUAAUACUGUCGGUUCUGAGAGUAUUCAGUUACCACAAAUUGUUGUCGUUGGUUCACAAAGUGCUGGUAAAAGUUCAGUGUUAGAAUGUAUAGUUGGACGAGAUUUUCUUCCACGUGGUUCUGGCAUUGUAACAAGACGUCCAUUAACGCUUCAAUUGAUUCAUACGCCUGUUGAAGACAAAGAAGUUCAAUGUCAACGUUUAGAAAUCACUGUGCCGAAUGAAAAUGAAUUUGGUAUAUUUACACAUAUUAAAAAUCGAGUUUAUACGGAUUUUAAUGAAAUUCGACUAGAAAUUGAAGCGGAAACAGAUCGAAUCAGUGGGAAAAAGAAUAUUUGUAAGGAACCAAUAACAUUACAAAUUUAUUCGCCAAAAGUUGUUACAUUGACAUUAAUUGAUUUACCUGGUUUAACAAAAAUACCUGUUGAUGAUCAACCAGUUGAUAUUGAACAACAAGUGCGAAAUCUUAUCAUACAUUAUAUAUCAAAUCCAAAUGCUAUCAUCCUGGCGAUUACACCUGCAAAUGUCGAUUUUUCAACAUCAGAAGCAGUGAAAUUUGCUAAAGAAGUUGAUCCCGAAGGACAAAGAACAUUAGCUGUUUUAACAAAACUUGAUUUAAUGGAUCGUGGAACGGAUGCAUACGAUGUUCUCUGCGGACGAGUUAUUCCAGUUAAAUUAGGUAUCAUUGGUGUUGUAAAUCGAAGUCAAGAAGAUAUUAAUAAGAAAAAGCCAAUCGAUGAAGCAUUACGAUAUGAAUCUGCUUUUCUUCAAAAAACAUAUCCAUCAAUUGCUAGUCGUAAUGGAACACCAUUUCUUGCUAAAACAUUAAAUCGAUUACUCAUGUAUCAUAUUCGUGAUUGUCUACCGUCAUUAAAAGCUCGUAUUAAUCAAAUGGUAUCUCAUUUUCAAACACUUGUUAAUUCAUUUGGUGAACCCAUUGAAGAUAAAGGUCGCCUACUACUUCAAAUUAUAACAAAGUUUGCUUCAAAUUAUUGUGGAACAAUUGAGGGCACAGCAAAAAAUAUUGAAGUUUCAGAAUUAUGUGGUGGUGCACGAAUAUGUUAUAUAUUUCAUGAAACGUUUGCACGCGCUCUUGAAUCAAUUAAUCCAUUGGAUAAUUUAACUACAUUUGAUAUUCUAACAGCUAUAAGAAAUGCAAAUGGUUCAAGGCCUGCUUUAUUUGUUCCAGAAAUUUCGUUCGAAUUACUUGUUAAACGUCAAAUAAAACGGUUAGAAGAUCCAAGUUUACGUUGUGUUGAAUUAGUACAUGAAGAAUUACAAAGAAUUAUUCAACAUUGCGGUGCUCAACAAGAAUUUAUUCGUUUUCCUCGUUUACAUGAAAAAAUUGUUGAUGUUGUUACACAAUUGUUACGUCGUCGGUUACCAGAAACAAAUCGAAUGGUGGAAAAUCUUGUUGGAAUUGAAUUAGCAUAUGUUAAUACCAAGCAUCCAGAUUUUCAUGAAGCUGUAUUUAUUCAUAGAGCUUUAACAGGUGAAGAUGUUAUUGCCAGUGCUAAUCAAACGCAGAAUAAACCUAAGCGUGAUGGUCGAAAUAACGACCAAUCCACAUCAGAAAGAUCAAGUCCAAUAAAUCGACCAUUAGUUCAACGUAACGAUGGCAACGAACUACAGAUUAAUGGUGUGAAAUCUCCAACACUAGUAUCAAUGGCAUCGUUAGGCGAUGGAGCAGGUAUUAAUGAUCGUAAACUUUCACCACGUGAAAAACGCGAUUGUGAAGUAAUUGAACGGUUAAUUCGGUCUUAUUUUUUAAUUGUGCGAAAAAAUAUUCAAGAUAGCGUACCAAAGGCUGUCAUGCACUUUCUUGUUAAUUUUGUUAAAGAUCAAUUACAAAGUGAACUUGUAGCCCUAUUAUACAAAGCAACAGCUAAUGAACAUGACGAAUUACUUAACGAAUCAAGUCAUAUUGCACAACGACGUAAAGAUGCACAAGAAAUGCUUGAAGCAUUACAAAAAGCAAAUCAAAUUAUAUGUGAAGUGCGAGAAGCUCAUCUCUGGUGA